CCUUAAGAUGUUCCGGUGUCAAAGUUGAGUAGCAGGAUUGUCAUGUCUUUGUUGCAUCUGUUCCACCUCAAAUGUUAUGAAUAGAAGUGUGUGAAUAUAUGGAAAAAAAAUAACCAUCUUACCGUAAAAGAAGUGCUUCAUCCGUGCCCUCAACAGUCAAACCACCCAAAAGAUGGAAGAAAAGCUGAAUGGAUCACUGCCUGUUGUAUCUCCGGAGUACCUUCAACAGUGGGUUCGGUCUGCCCAGCAGUUUCAAGCUCUCCAGGCUCAAUAUUCAGACGUCAUUCCUGAACAUCAGUUUCACUAUACAGAGCAUCAAGCUGGAGAGCCAGCUAUGGCAAACAUGGUUAAUCCGGAACCCAUGAUGGAUCAGCUAGAACCUACCAACUUGACAAAACCUCCAGCUAAAAAGAGAGGCAGACCAGCUCAACCCAAGCAACCAGGGGCACCCACACCACCAAAAGUCCCGAAGGCACGAAAGCCACCAAAAGACCCAAAUGCACCUAAAGCAAAACCAGGUCCAAAGCCCAAAAAGGCAGCUCAGGCUGAUGGGAAACAGGAGAAGAUUGAUGAAACUUUCAAGAAGGUGAAGAGGAAAGUAGACCGCUUCAAGGGCAUGUCAGAGGAGGAGGUCAUGAAAAAGACUCUACCAGACCUACUGGACUACAACCUGGACUAUGUCAUUAUUGGUAUCAAUCCAGGUCUGAUGGCAGCUUUCAUUGGACGAUGGUUUCCAGGUCCUGGAAAUCAUUUCUGGAAGUGUUUGUUUCUGUCUGGAUUUACUGAUGAGCAGCUCAACCACAUGCAUGACACCGUCCUACCUGUUAAGUAUAAAAUGGGCUUCACCAACAUGGUGGCCAGGGCAACACCAGGGAGCAAAGAUCUUUCAAGUAAAGAGUUGCGUGAAGGAGGCAAAAUUCUUGUGGAGAAGCUGAAAAAAUACAAGCCCCUUAUUGCUGUGUUCAAUGGAAAAUGCAUCUAUGAAAUGUUCUGCAGAGAACUGUUUGGUAAAAAACCACAAAAACUUGAAUUUGGUUUGCAGCCACACAAGAUCCCCGACUGUGACGUGGCUUUGUUUCUGAUGCCUUCAUCCAGCGCUCGUUGCGCCCAAUUCCCUCGUGCUCAGGACAAAGUCCACUUCUACAUCAAACUGAGAGAACUCAGAGACCAGCUGAAGGGUGUCCAAAAAAGCACAGAGAUCCAAGAGGUCAACUACACAUUUGACCUUCAGCUGGCCAAGGAGGAUGCCAAGAGGCUGGCAAUAAAGGAAGAACAAUAUGAUCCUGGUUAUGAAGAUGCCUAUGGCGGAGCAUAUGUCGAGAGGGGACCUGAAGGAAGCCAAGCUGAAAGCCAGAGCAACGGUCACUGCACGUUUUCAUCUGCUGAAAAUACAGGAGCACAGGAGGCGACUGUAUCACAAACAGCUGAUGGCCAGCUCCCGGACGGACAGUGGAUGACCCAGUCGUUUGCAGAUCAGAUUCCAGACAUAGGCAGCGGACCAAAAGAUGGUAGCAUAUGAGGAAAAGGGCUUGCCUGUGCUACACACAGAGACUUGAGCAAACUUAGCUCUUACCUCUUUUUUUGUCAGGUUUUAGAAUUCCUUUUUAAUUAAUGUCUGAGUGGAAUAUAUAAAAAAAAACCAUGUAGUGGACUUUUUAGAAAAUUUGCAGAAUAUAUUUUCUGCACCUUUUUAAUUCUUUGUGAUCUUGUAAACAUAUACAGCAUGAUCGUCUUCACUGCAGUCUUUUUAAAUAUGUGAAAUCAGGGACUUGACAAUAGCCUCUUUCAGACACGGUUCAACAUCGAUGGUGCUCUGUCCUGACAUAAGUGAUGGUAAUGUUCCUCAGAGCUUUAUUCACACAUACCGUUAUUCCAGAGAAUUUUUUUUUGCAACCACAUGAAUCAUUAUGCUGGCCUUUGGUUUAAGGCGCUUCAGCACCAAUUUUUAUACUGUCUGUUUCUUAAAUUGAUUCGUAAAUAUUACUAGGUUUGGCCCAAAAGGAUUGCCCUUCUGACUUUUAUAACAGAGUGACCAGGGGUGCACAUUGAUAAGAUGCUGUUAGAUGAAUGCAAAUUAAUACUUGUCUGAAAGUGGCUAAUGAUGUGUGACUGUCUUUUCAAAGACAGUCACACAUCAUUUAAACCUUUGUUUUGCCUUUUUACUGUACUGUACUGUACUGUACUGCACUGCACUGCAAUGCAGUAAAUGAGAACUUUCACAUCUGCUGUUUAAACAGCAGAUAAACUCCAGAAAUUUUAUUUUAUAAAUUGACUGAUCAGUGUGAGCUUGUGUGAUCCUCUGUUUGCAGGGAGGACUUGGUUAGCAUUAAUAUGUUACAUUCAUGGUGCUAUGAACUGAUGAGAUGCAAAAUGAUGACUCGAUGUCAGAGGUCCUGCAGAGGCAUCGUCUCACCAGCCUUUAAAUAUGUUACGAAACAUUUAAUGGGUUUUAUUUGAUUUGAUUUGAUUUGAUUUAGGAAUUGUAGAAUUAUGUUAUGUUUAUGAUUAUAUCGGUCACACGGAAUGACUCAUUUGUCCAAUAAAAUGUACUGAUGAUGCUUUUUCUA